AGGCACUGUCUUUGCAGAAAUGCAUGCAGGAGGCGGUUGAAGAGCUGGCGGAUGGCUUUGGGUACUCCAUCUCCCUGGACAGGGUGCAGCUCCACCCCACCAACAAUAGUGACCAGGGCUGCUCUGAGAGCUGCACGCAGGAGGUGGUCGAAGAGCUGGCAGAUGGCUUUGGGUACUCCAUCUCCCUGGACAGGGACCAGCUGCACCGCACCAUCAUCAAUAACCAGGGCUGCUCUGAGAGUGAAGAUGAGUCCACUCUGUCUGUCACUGAGGCCUGCAGGAUGCGUGCCCUCCAGGCAGGCAUGAUGCAGAGGCUCUCAGAGUCUGUGCUGCCAGCCUUCCCCAGCAGAGUCCUCUGCAGUGUCAUCACCUCCCUCCGCAGCUACUCAGGCUCCAGCACAGCCCACCAGGUGCUGGACCAGCUGUUUCCCAGGUCCCAUCUACCCUCCAUCCUGGGAGAUGCCCUCAUCCCCUUUGGGACACAUGGAGGCAGCUUGGCCCAUUGCUUGCGGGAUGCUGGAGGACAGCACCACCUCCCAAAUGCUAUCUAUUUCCUGCUGGGAACCUGGCUGGGCCAAGGGCAGGAUUGCAGGGAGCCCGUACAGUUUCCAUGCUGGACCCUGCAGCUGGCCACUCUGCACAUCAGCUUUGGUGGCUCACAUGGGGAGGGCCAUGCCUACCUUCUGCCACGCCACCUGGAGCACCUCAAGGCCAUUGAGGCCGAACGGAAAGGUGAGGGGACUGGAGUCUGAGAAG